CACACCUCCGCUCCCGGCCUGUGCCGCCGUCGCCACCGCUCGCUCGCCCGCCUGCCUGCCUGCCUGGGCCCGCAGCACCGACUCUGACAGCGCCCGUCCUGCUUCCUGUACCGGCAGGCGAGGGAGAGGACUCAGGGAGUGUGAUGGCGGCAAUGCCGGCGCCGCUUCUGCCUCUGCUUCUGCUGGUGGUGGCCGCGGCGAUGACGCUCUCCCCCGCCGCCGCCCGCAUUCCCGGCGUGUACGUCGGCGGCGGCGGCGGCUGGCAGAGCGCGCACGCCACGUUCUACGGCGGCAGCGACGCUUCGGGCACCAUGGGCGGCGCCUGCGGGUACGGCAACCUGUACAGCCAGGGGUACGGCGUGAACAACGCGGCGCUGAGCACGGCGCUGUUCGACGAGGGGCUCCGCUGCGGCGCGUGCUUCGAGAUCAGGUGCGAGGAGCAGCCCGGGUGGCGGUGGUGCCGGCCAGGGAGGCCCUCCAUCCUGGUCACGGCCACCAACUUCUGCCCGCCAAACUACGCGCUCCCCUCCGACGACGGCGGCUGGUGCAACCCGCCCCGCCCGCACUUCGACCUCGCCAUGCCCAUGUUCCUCCACAUCGCCGAGUACCGCGCCGGCAUCGUCCCCGUCUCCUACCGCCGGGUGCCGUGCCGCAAGUCCGGCGGGGUGCGGUUCACCAUCAACGGCUUCCGGUACUUCAACCUGGUGCUGAUCACGAACGUGGCCGGCGCGGGGGACGUGGUGCGCGCGAGCGUCAAGGCGGCCAGCACCGGGUGGCUGCCCAUGUCCAGGAACUGGGGCCAGAACUGGCAGUCCAACGCCAUCCUCGUCGGCCAGGCGCUCUCCUUCCGCGUCACCGCCAGCGACCGCCGCACCUCCACCUCCUGGAACGCCGCCCCGAGCACCUGGCAGUUCGGCCAGACCUUCGAGGGCAAGAACUUCAGGGUCUGAUGCAUGGGAUGGGAUGCGAUGGGAUGGGACUUGGGAGAAGAAGCCAAAACUCUUUUCUUUCUUUCUUUCUUUCUUCUUAUACGUAAUUAUUACUACUCACUCCUGCUACCGUACUACUGCUACUGGAGUACUAAGCGCGUGUUACUGUGUUAGAGGGUGGUGGGUGUUGUCAAUGCCUGUUUUAAGGUCACGCCUUCCGCCCGCCUUAAUCCCAGGUCCAGGUCCUCUCUGAAAAAAUGGAGUCUUUUCUUCUGAACAAGAUGUGUGGAUGGGAUUCUCUAGAGUUUGUCAGGGUAUAUUGCCGUCUCUUCGGUCCCUAGCACUUCUCUAUGCAUCAAGUUUGUGCCUUUGGCUUGGGGGU